UUAGUGACAAACCCAACGCAUCGCGUUCUUUUUCUCUCGCUCUCUCCUCGCCCAAUCUUCCACCAGAUCUUAAACGGCCGGCCUCCGAGACCGAAACAAGAACGAUCUGAAGAGGGGGGCGUGACACCAUUCCCUCGCCUCGUCUCCUCGAUUUCUCCGGUGACCAACCCUAGCCCUAAUCUCUAGCCGAGACCGAGAGAGAGAGAGAGGAGGGACGAGCUGAUGGAUUCCGAUUCGAUUGAUGGAUCUUUGAUGAACAACGGGAACCACGCGCCUUCUGAUAGACCCAUGAAGGUCAUCAUCGACACGGAUCCCGGGAUAGAUGAUAGCAUGGCCAUAUUAAUGGCAUUUCAAAAACCAGAGAUUGAAGUUUUAGGUUUGACGACAAUAUUUGGUAACGUGUUUACUGAAGAUGCUACUAGCAAUGCCUUGCUUUUGUGUGAGAUAGCUGGACAUCCUGAGGUUCCGGUGGCAGAAGGAAGCCAUGAGCCUUUAAAGGGUGGAAAGCCACGUGUUGCUGAUUUUGCUCAUGGAUCUGAUGGAUUUGGCAAUAUAUUUCUUCCUCCACCCGUGGGAAAAAAGAUAGAGAAAAGUGCAUCAGAGUUUUUAGUUGAUAAGGUUUCUCAGUACCCUGGUGAUGUAUCCAUUCUUGCAUUGGGACCUUUAACAAAUUUAGCAUUGGCCAUCAAAAGAGACUCUUCUUUUGCGAAGAAGGUGAAGAAGGUGGUUAUUCUUGGUGGAUCUUUCUUUGCUGCCGGAAAUGUCAGUCCUGCUGCUGAAGCAAAUAUUUAUGGAGACCCCGAAGCAGCUGACAUUGUCUUUACAUCUGGAGCAGAUAUAGUAGUCGUAGGAAUAAACAUCACCACUCAGGUCAAAUUCACAGAUGCUGACCUCUGCGACCUAAGAAACUCUCAGGGAAGGCACUCACAAAUUUUAUCUGACAUGUGCAAGUUCUACAGAGACUGGCAUGUUAAGUCUGAUGGUGUUUAUGGUAUUUUCCUACAUGAUCCUGUCAGCUUUGUCGCACUAGUUCGACCAGAUCUUUUUACAUUUAAAAAGGGGGUUGUGAGGGUUGAGACACAGGGAAUCUGUGUGGGGCAUACAUUAAUGGACCAAGGAUUAAAAAGGUGGAACACAAGCAAUCCGUGGACAGGUUAUUCACCUGUAUCAGUUGCAUGGACAGUUGAUGUUCCUGGAGUUCUUUCAUUCGUCAAACAGCUGCUUGCAAAACCAUGAACCAGGAGAAGGGUGGUUAACCACUUCUCUUUGGAAGCCAGUUGCCUUUGUCAGAUUUAGAUAACCAAACACUGUAAUCUGUAACUCCAAAAAAGAAAGGUGGUGUUGAUCAAUAAAAUUCCAUUCUGUAAACAAUUUCGUCAAGUCAUUUCUCCCCGCCGAACAGUAAAAGGAUUGAUGAUUUAAUAAUGACAAGGUCUGAUCCUGCUCGGUGUUGUUUGUAUUGCUAAA